AUAAAAACAGAAUUAUAAUUAAAAUUAGAUGAACUGAUGGUGACAUUAAAAAUUAUUCGAUCAAAGUCAUGCUCAUAACGCUGAACGUAAAGUUUAUUAACAUUAACUCAUACACAUCUUGAAUGCAAAUGAUUGACUCGUGAAAUUCCCGUAAAACAAAUUGUCUCGCGUUUUGUCAUUAUGUCGCGAUUGUUUAUAUAUAUAUUAUUUCUGUUAAAAAGCAUUUGUUUAAUCAAUUCAAAUGAUCUUCAUGAUAAAGAUAUAUUUCAAUCCUUAACGAAAAAGAAGCCGCACAUUAUCUUUAUAUUGGCUGAUGAUUUGGGUUUUAAUGAUGUGAGUUUUCGUGGAUCUGCUCAAAUUCCUACACCGAAUAUUGAUGCCUUGGCAUUCUCGGGAAUCAUAUUAAAUCGAUAUUACGUUAAUCCAAUUUGUACACCUUCAAGAUCAGCCUUAAUGACGGGCAAACAUCCCAUACAUACGGGUAUGCAGCAUACUGUUUUAUAUGGCGCUGAACCGCGAGGUUUACCUUUAACAGAGAAACUUAUGCCACAAUACUUCAAUGAUUUUGGAUAUUCUUCACACAUUGCUGGGAAAUGGCAUUUGGGUCAUUAUAAACAUAUUUAUUCACCUCUCUAUCGGGGCUUUCGAUCCCACGUUGGCUAUUGGACGGGACAUCAUGAUUAUUUCGAUCAUACCGCAGUGGAAAGCCAACAAUGGGGUUUGGAUAUAAGAAAUGGUUUAAAUGUUGGUUAUGAGUUCCACGGAAAAUAUACAACGGAUCUGGUAACAGAAGAAUCUAUUAGAGUAAUAACAAAUCACAAUGUGUCCGAGCCUCUUUUUCUUUAUGUAGCGCACGCAGCGGUGCAUUCAGGAAAUCCAUAUGAUCCAUUAUCGGCGCCUGACGAAACCGUAGCAAAAAUGCAACACAUUUCGAAUUACAAUAGAAGAAAAUAUGCUGCUAUGGUUACAAAAGUAGAUGAAUCUGUAGGGCGUAUAGUGCAACAAUUGCAGAAGCAACAAAUGCUUAAUGAUUCAAUUAUCAUUUUUAGUACAGAUAAUGGGGGACCAGCAGAGGGUUUUAAUUUAAAUCAUGCAUCUAAUUGGCCUUUACGGGGUGUAAAAAAUACCCUUUGGGAGGGCGGUGUAAGAGGAGCCGGUAUAUUGUGGUCACCUCGUUUAAAGAAACCACGUCGCGUAGCUGAUCAAGUUAUGCACAUAACAGAUUGGUUGCCAACGCUUUUAACAGCCAUUACUGAUAAUCCAGUUUCGCCUCUUACUCACUCUGAAAUAGAUGGUAUCAGUAUAUGGCGUGCCUUAUCUGAAGAUGAGCCCUCACCUCGCAAGAUUAUACUUCAUAAUAUUGACGAUAUUUGGGGAAGUUCGGCUUUAACUGUCGGUGAUUGGAAGCUUCUAAAGGGUACCAAUUAUCAGGGAGCUUGGGAUGGUUGGUAUGGUCCAGCCGGCGAUCGUGAUCCAAGACUUUAUGAUUACAAAGCUAUACGCUUAUGUUUGACGGGUCGAGCUUUAGAGGCUUUGAAUAUGCUCCCCACAACGGCUGACAUUAUACGCUUACGGUCACAAUCGAAUAUUAACUGUAACGUGAGAGUGCCCUAUUUAAAACAGGGCAGUAAAUGUAACCCCUUACAAGAACCUUGUCUAUAUAAUAUUAAGGACGAUCCAUGCGAGCACUAUAGCUUAGCUCACAAAUAUCCAAACAUAUUGGAUUCAGUAUUAUUCGAACUUGAUUACUACAAUAGUACGGCAGUGCCGCCUUCAAAUAAACCAUUAGAUCCUCGUGCUGCACCUAGUAGAUGGAAUUACACAUGGACCAAUUUCGGAGAUUAUGAUGAUGAAUUUGAGCAAACUCAAGUUUACAUUGGGAAAAUUUAAUUAUACAAUAAAUUUGAACUUACAUUGUUGUCUUGGUCACCACCAUAACCACCGCCACCGCCAUUGCCACCGCUACC